AAUGCAUAGCGUAGGCGGGGCGGCGCUCCUCCCAAACAAGAAGGGGCGAGUGAUUUGCAAUUGUCGGCCUUAGUGCUGCACGGUGUAGCUGCCGGAGUCUCGGGAGAAGCAUAUCUUGUAGCUACGUCUCCGGAGAGCCACCGAGGAAGAGUACGAACCCAGAGCCUUAAAAAUGUUUUCUUCAGUGAAGCCAUAUGAGAACCAGCAGUACUCUGUUCUCAAGAAGGAAUGCCAACAAAAAAAGGUGCUGUUUGAGGAUCCCAUAUUCACUGCUUCAGAUAAAUCACUGUUUUAUGCUGGAAACAAAAUUGGAAGGGUCACGUGGAAACGUCCAAAGGAGCUAUGUGACAAUCCACACCUCUUUGUAAAUGGAAUCAGUGCUCAUGAUUUGCAUCAAGGUCAGCUGGGAAACUGUUGGUUUGUGGCAGCUUGCUCUAGCCUAGCUUCCAGGGAAGCCUUGUGGCAAAAGGUUAUUCCUGACUGGAAAGAUCAAGAAUGGAAUGAAGAAAAACCCAGUGAAUAUGCUGGUAUCUUCCACUUCAGAUUUUGGCGUUUUGGAGAAUGGGUGGAUGUGGUUAUUGAUGACCGUCUUCCCACCAUUAAUAAGGAGCUUGUCUAUUGCCAUUCCAAUGAUCAGAAUGAAUUCUGGAGUGCACUUGUUGAAAAAGCUUAUGCAAAGUUGUAUGGAUGCUAUGAAUCCUUAGAUGGUGGAAAUACUGCUGAUGCAUUGGUUGACUUCACUGGUGGAGUCUCUGAACCACUAGACUUGCUGGAAGGACAGUUUGCUAAAGAGGAGUCCUUCAGAAACCAGCUUUUUGAGAGGGUCCUUAAAGUACACAACCGUGGUGGACUCAUUAGCUGCUCAAUAAGGGCUACCUCCUCUGCUGACAUGGAAGCAAGACUAGAUUGUGGACUGGUCAAGGGUCAUGCCUAUGCUGUAACAGAUGUAAAGAAGGUUAGGCUUGGCCAUGGACUGUUGGCCUUCUUCAAGGCAGAGAAGCUGUUCAUGAUUCGGAUGCGUAACCCAUGGGGUGAGAAAGAAUGGAAUGGUCCCUGGAGUGACAGUUCUGAAGAAUGGCAAAAAGUCAGCAAAAGUGAAAGAGAGAAGCUGGGAGUUACAGUAGAGGAUGAUGGAGAGUUCUGGAUGACCUUUGAGGACUUUUGCAAGUACUUCACUGACCUAAUCCUGUGCCGUCUCAUCAACACAUCCUACCUAAGCAUCCACAAAACUUGGGAAGAAGCUGUAAUGAGAGCAUCUUGGGUCCGACAUGAUGACCCCCUAAAAAACCGCUCUGGGGGCUGUAUCAACCACAAGUCUACCUUCCUACAGAAUCCUCAGUAUGUCUUUGAUGUGAGGAAACAUGAAGAUGAGGUCUUAAUUUGCUUACAACAGAAGGAUCGGAGAACUCAAGCAAAGGAAGGCAAAGGAGAGAAUUUUGCUAUGGGGUUUGAUAUUUUCCGGGUUGAGCUGAACAGGAUCUACAGGAUGCAUACUUUGCAACAGAAAAUAGCCAGCUCCAUCUAUAUCAACUCUCGGUCUGUCUUCUUCAGGAAGGAGUUUAAGGAGGGUCGUUAUGUCAUUAUUCCUACAACAUUUGACCCUGGGCUGCAAGGAGACUUUUUACUCAGGGUUUUUACUGAUGUGCCUUCUGAUUGCAAGGAGUUGCUGCUUGAUCAGCCUCCGCAGACAUGUUGGACAGGAAUAUGUGGUUAUCCACAGUUAGUGACUCAGGUUCAUGUCUUAAGUGCCGAAGGUCUUCAAGUGCAGGAUACUAAUGGCGGUGCUGACCCAUAUGUGAUAAUUGCUUGUGAAGGGGAAAAAGUGCGGUCUCCCGUCCACAAAGACAUUCUAAGCCCCGAGUUUGAUGUUAAAGGACUGUUUUAUAGAAAGAAUCCAAAGGACCUCAUUUAUGUUCAGAUUUACAAUAAGAAUGUUAUGUGUGACACCUUCAUGGGUCAGGUUGUCCUGACAGGAGACCCUGGAGACCUCCAACAACAACACACAUUACAUCUCCGAGACAAGGGUAACCGGCAGAGCAAUGAUGUGUCAGGCACUGUCACUAUCAAUGUCAUUACUAGUAAUGUAAUCACCAAUAUUUAACCUCCACUUGACCCUGUUACCCUGGGCUAUGAAUUACUUGUAAAUGGGAGGACUACCGUUGGAAAGCAAGGCGCACAAGCACUUUGCAUCUUUCGGUGUAACUCUUCACUUCCUGGUAGCAGCGUUUUCCAAAAUUUGCUAGUCCAAUAGCUCUUUCAUAAUCAAAGAAAUCUGUUUUCCCAGCACAGCUGUUUCCAGGAAAUUGGUGAUUAUACAGGAACUCGGCAGACUUCUACAAGCAGUGUAUUUGGGCACAUAAACAUUUUCCUUUGAAAAUGAUUGUGCAUUUGCUAAGUUUUGUACAAAAUGUAAUUUCUACUCUUUUCUCAGCUGGUGCCAGUAAUGCUUAUUUGCAAUCAAAACAACUCAAAUACCUUUUUACCCAGAUAUUAGUAAAUGUACAUUGUGUCUAUAUAAUGCAGCAUCCCUACACUCAUCAAGUGACCUAAAUAAUAACAAGUUCAUUUAAACAGUGUGUAUUUUUAAAAUCAUUUUAAACUGUUUGUUCUGUUUUAUACUUUUUACAAUACUUUCCUUUUGUGUUUAAUUAUUAUAAAAUUAUUAAACAGUAAAUUGUAGGUGCCAUAUUCAAGCCAUUCCACCAUUCUGGUGCAUGAAAGCAUGUAAUCUAUCUGCAGUAUCACGUAAGUCAAAUAUAGUAUAUAAAGCAGAUACGUCAUGAAGUCAGAGCUCUUAUAUCUAUCUAUCUAUCUAUAUAUAUAUAUAUAUAUAUA